GUGCUCACUGUGCUCACCUGAAUUUCCUGUUUAGGAAACAGCAGCUGAGAAACUCAGGGCAGCUCUGGCGGGAGCACACCCAUCGGGGCGGGUAUAAAGGGUGAGGCUGACGCUGGUCACCACCGCCCCAGCUGCCCUCAAGAUGAAGUCCGGCAGCCUUAUCGUCUUCCUGGGGAUAUUUGCCUUUGGAUUCCUGAUGCCCUGGGCUGUGGAAGGGGCUCCCAAAAAAAUAGGUAAACCUGGAGCCUGUCCUUUCAUACGCCCUGCGAUGUGCCUUGUAUAUGAACCCCCUGAAUGCCAGAAUGAUUGGCAGUGUCCGAAGAGGCAGAAAUGCUGCCAGGAUGUUUGUGGCAUCAAAUGCAUGGAUCCUGUAGGCACGUCAAAGCCAGUUAAAGUCACUCCCGGGAAGUGUCCAGUGGUCAUCGGCCGCUGUCAGAGGCCCAACCCUAUAAACGACUGCCAGAACGACAGCCACUGCCUGAAUGGUUUCAAGUGCUGCAGGGGUCUGUGUGGGAAUUCAUGCGUCCUGCCGGUGAAAGAUUCAUCCUUUCCAGGUCAAAAACAUUAGGACUUCCUGGUCUGUGUGCUCUGGGGAUCUCCCCCCCUCCCCGCCCUGCAAGCCUGGAAAACAAUGAAAGCACGUUGGUCAAGAUGUGGUUUUGUGACCAAUACUCCUUUGGGGACAAGAUCUGGCCUGUUUUAUCUAUGUAUCCCCAGCAUCCAAUGUGAAGCUUGGCACACGACAGGAAAUGCCUGUUGAUCAGUGAAUAAAUAAAUGU